AUGGCUACCCAGGGACUCGAAGAUGUGCCUGAAGGCCAGAUCGAGUCCAACUACGAUGAGACCGUUGACUCGUUUGAUGAUAUGGGCCUGAAGCCCGAGCUUCUCCGAGGUGUCUACGCCUACGGUUUCGAGCGUCCUUCGGCCAUUCAGCAGCGUGCUAUUAUGCCCGUCAUCAAGGGCCACGAUGUCAUCGCCCAGGCCCAGUCCGGUACCGGAAAGACUGCCACUUUCUCCAUCUCGGUCCUCCAGAAGAUCGACACCAACCUCAAGCAAUGCCAGGCCCUCAUUCUUGCCCCCACCCGUGAGUUGGCUCAGCAGAUUCAGAAAGUCGUCGUCGCCAUUGGUGACUUCAUGAACAUCGAGUGCCACGCCUGUAUCGGUGGUACCAGCGUCCGUGAGGACAUGAAGGCCCUCCAGGAUGGCCCCCAGGUCGUCGUCGGUACCCCUGGUCGUGUCCACGACAUGAUUCAGCGUCGAUUCUUGAAGACCGAUGCCAUGAAGAUGUUCGUUCUUGACGAGGCCGACGAGAUGCUUUCUCGUGGUUUCACGGAGCAGAUCUACGAUAUCUUCCAGCUCCUUCCUCAGUCGACCCAGGUCGUCCUCCUUUCGGCCACCAUGCCCCAGGACGUCCUCGAGGUCACCACCAAGUUCAUGCGUGACCCCGUCCGCAUUCUCGUCAAGAAGGACGAGCUUACCCUUGAGGGUAUUAAGCAGUUCUACAUUGCCGUUGAGAAGGAAGAGUGGAAGCUCGACACCCUUUCCGACUUGUACGAGACUGUCACCAUUACCCAGGCCGUUAUCUUCUGCAACACCCGUCGCAAGGUUGAUUGGCUCACCGACAAGCUUACUGCCCGUGACUUCACCGUCUCGGCCAUGCACGGUGAUAUGGACCAGGCCCAGCGAGACCUUAUCAUGAAGGAGUUCCGUUCUGGAUCUUCUCGUGUUCUCAUUGCCACCGAUCUUCUUGCCCGUGGUAUCGAUGUCCAGCAGGUCUCUCUCGUCAUCAACUACGAUCUCCCCGCCAACCGUGAGAACUACAUUCACCGUAUUGGUCGUGGUGGUCGUUUCGGCCGAAAGGGUGUUGCCAUCAACUUCGUCACCGCUGACGAUGUCCGCAUGAUGCGUGAGAUCGAGCAGUUCUACAGCACCCAGAUUGAGGAGAUGCCCAUGAACGUUGCCGAUCUCAUCUAA